CAGACGCUACAUUCAGCAGAGGAAACGGAAAAGACGAAAUAUACAAGAAGGUUUUUCAUUUCAAAACCCCGGGGCUGUGAAAAGAACACUGUUUGCAGCUGGCAGAAAGCACCCGCCCUGUUUGGGAAAAAGGAACUGAGAGUGACCGGAGGAGCAGAGAGAUGCCACCCGAAACUCUCCAGUUGCAGGUGAGGACGAAUAUCCUAAAGUUCCUCAAGAGUUUUUUGGGAAUCAUCCGGAUCCUACAGAUAGUGUUCGGAGCCGGGCUGUGGGUCACCAUCUCCGCCAACAAAUACGAAGGAUCCAUCCACUUCGUCCUGUUCGUCGCAGUCUUCUUCUGGCUCUUCACCCUCGCCCUUUUCUUCCUCACCCUCCUGGACAAGCAGGACCUCGUCCCGCUGCUGGGAGGGGAGCGCUGGUUGUCCACCAACCUGGCGCACGACGUGGCUGCCACCGUGCUCUACCUGCCGGCCAUAGGUGUCAUGAUCUACAAGACGGAUCGCAACUCAUACUGCAACCUGGAGCAGUACAAGCACUACUGUCUGUAUAAGGUCUACCUGACAGCCACCGUGUUCGCCUGCCUGUGCUGCCUGGUUUACCUCCUGUCGGUUAUUUAUGGAGCCUGCAGGAAGUGUAGGGGCGAGCAAACUGUUAUCUGAGACUGAAGAGGGGGUGAUGGUAACAGGGAGGGAAGAGGGGAUAUGGGUCUUUGAGGGGGUAUCCACAGCAAGAUGAUGAAUAGUUAACUUCACUGUAAUUUAACUCAACAGCUACUUUAACCACAGGUAUAUCUCUUCCAGAAUCACUGGUUUUGUCAGUGUGGUUAAGGGAUGCUGACAUGAAAACAUCCCAGCAGCUCCUGGUACAGAGGCCUGUAGCUAUCCAGGAUGAGAGUCUGAUUAGGAAGGUGUUAGGAGAGCGAAGCAUUGUAGCUUUUUAUUGAGGCACAAGUUAAGUGUUUAUUUCCUAGCUGUAGAAAAGGCCUCUUAAAGUUAUAUGAGUUUGGUCCAGUGAUUUCAUGUCAUUUUCCCUCACAAAGUAUAUUCUUAUUAUAAUGUAUAAACAAGUUCACAUUGCAGUCACCUUACAUAUGUUUUAUAGAUUUGUCUUGGUACUAGGUAGCUGCCCAUCUAAAACCUCUCAUACACCUUUAUUUGUGACAAGGAUUUCUUUUCAUUAUAUUGUUGAAGUAUAUAUUUUUAUGUUUUUUGUACAACAGCAAACUAUACUGAACAGUUACCGAAGAGUGAUGGACUAACAUACUAAUGGACAUCCUUUUGACCAGUUCUGUUUUUGUUUUGUUUGACUCAAACAAUGCCUACCAUUUCAUCAGUGCCUUCUGUCAGAAUGCUGUAUACUCAACAAGGUUGUGACAACACCCCAACAACAUAGAUGUGAUUGGUGCUACAAAACAUAUGCUGAACAGAAAUAUUCCUUAAGUGCUUAUUAUGUAAAGCCAAAGAGCAAAAGAGAAUAAAGACCUAGUGAGCAACAGUAAGUGAGAUGUUUCUUUGGUUAGGGUUUGGUCUACAGAAACAUUUUUAAAAAGCUGUCUGAGGGAAAGAUUUGCAAAAGUCUUUGUUAUUGUUUGAGUACUUCGACAAAGAGCCGGGCUGCAUGCACAAAUUGUUCUUUUGCUGGCUUUUUCCAAAUGAGAUACAGAUUUAGAGAGAGAAUCCCUGAGGAACGUCCUGUCAUACAACUGGCUCAACUCUGUGAAGGAGACAAGAGUCUCAACUCAUUACGGUGUGUUUCCAAAGUGAACGAGCACAAUAUCUCACCUGUCACACAAAGGCCUCCAAUCAGCUGCGUCUGCUUUAGGGAGUGAGUGACGAGCUGUCCUCUUAAACCCGUUAAACUGCAGAUGGUGACUGUGUCACUGUUUAGUCACAUAGCUAAUGCCUACAAGUGGGACACCAACAGAUAGGCAUUAGUUAAGUGACCAUGGUCACCUCUGCUUAUGGGUCA